AACAUGUGCGAUGAAGUAUACAAUCUCUAUGAUGAAGAGUUAAAUUACAUUUUUUACCCUCAUACCAAAAACCCAAAACCCAUUACUCUGUAUCUUCGCCUCCCUGCCGCCAUUUUAACUUCUUCAAAGCGAGCAAAAUCUAGCGGCUUUACGAUGGCCCUGAGAGGUGUAUGGCAGCUUCAAAAGCUGAUUGUGAGCUAUUGUGAUUGGGGUGGCAGUAGCAGGGGCAUCAGGGCGUUUAUGGAGUCAAAGUUGCCAGCAUUUAAAGAGAGCAACCCUCAGCUGGAGGUGGUUACAGAACUUAUUCGUGGUCAGCAUCCACAUUUAAAGGCCUUGUACAGGAACCAUAACAAUCGUGUUGUAUGUGUGAGGAAUAUGACUCCAGAGGAGAUACUUCUGCAUGCAACCCGACUAAGGAAUGCAUUGGGAAGAAAGGUGGUGAAACUAAGGACAAGACAUGUAACCAAAUGCCCCAGUGUUCAAGGUACAUGGACAACUGAUUUGAAGUUCUGAGCGGCAAGCAAAAUUAACACCAUAGAAAACUUCUGGGUAAUGUUUUAUGAUUUGAAGAUGUUUUCUUUCAAAACUGGAUCUGCUUUUUUUAUCGCACAUGUUUUGGUAUUUUCUAGUGUCAUGAAACAUCUGCUGGGUCAAAUGAAGCCAUAUGUACAAGUUGAGAUUUAUUUUAUGGAUGUAAAUGUGGCGUUGCAGAUUGAGACCUAGAAAUGUAGUUUACUGUUACAUACUGGAGAAGCUUUCUAUGAGGACUAGAUGUUAUUUUCUUUC